CGCGGCUGUUUAGCGGCAGUUUCCCGCCACCACCGUUCCCGCGAUCUGCGCGGAGCCCCCGGCGGGAGGGAGCCGACCCCGCGCGGCCCGGCCCGGCCCCGGGGCAGGAUGCGAGCGAACGGCUCCGUCCUGAACGGCUCCGUCCUGCCGCGGGACCCGCCGGCCGAGGACGUCCCGCGCCGCCCGCCCUGGGUCACCUCCACCUUGGCCGCCAUCCUCAUCUUCACCAUCGUGGUGGACCUGCUGGGGAACCUGCUGGUCGUCCUCUCCGUGUACCGCAACAAGAAGCUGCGGAACGCAGGAAAUAUAUUUGUGGUAAGCCUGGCAAUUGCAGACUUGGUCGUAGCAAUCUAUCCAUAUCCACUGGUCCUCACAUCUGUGUUUCACAAUGGAUGGAACCUGGGAUACCUUCACUGCCAGAUUAGUGGCUUCUUGAUGGGUCUAAGUGUCAUUGGAUCAAUUUUCAAUAUUACUGGCAUUGCUAUCAAUCGAUACUGCUAUAUCUGCCACAGCCUCAGAUAUGACAAGCUGUACAGUGACAAGAAUUCUUUGUGCUACGUUGUUCUUAUCUGGAUCCUAACAGUUGUUGCUAUCGUGCCCAACCUGUUUGUGGGGUCUCUCCAGUAUGACCCUAGGAUUUACUCAUGCACGUUUGCACAGUCAGUGAGCUCUGCAUAUACAAUAGCAGUCGUGUUUUUCCACUUCCUGCUUCCCAUGGCCAUAGUUACUUUCUGUUACUUGAGAAUAUGGAUCCUUGUUAUUCAGGUGAGACGAAGGGUUAAACCAGACAACAACCCCAGACUGAAACCACACGACUUCAGAAACUUUCUAACCAUGUUUGUGGUAUUUGUACUGUUUGCAGUCUGCUGGGCUCCCUUGAACUUUAUAGGCCUUGCUGUGGCGGUCAGCCCAGAAACUGUAAUCCCUAGGAUUCCAGAGUGGUUGUUCGUGUCGAGCUAUUACAUGGCAUACUUCAACAGCUGCCUUAACGCUAUCAUAUACGGACUCCUGAAUCAGAACUUCAGAAGAGAAUACAAGAGAAUUAUUGUCAGUUUUUGUACAGCAAAAGUUUUUUUCCAGGACAGUUCUAAUGAUGCAGCAGACAGGGUGAAAAGUAAACCUUCUCCGCUGCUUACAAACAACAAUCAAGUGAAGGUGGACUCUGUGUGA